AUGGCGUCUUCUUCUCCCCGCAACGGCAACAUGGGUCCCCAUUCCCCCGAGGAUACAUCCGGGAAGCCCGAGCAGAUCAACGGACGCAGGAAAAGCGUGCCCUAUAUCCCCAGUUACAUGGACUUGACCAAUGGACCCGAGCCGUGUGUCGUAUGCGGGGACGCGGCCACGGGGUACCACUACAGAUGUAUGACCUGUGAGGGCUGUAAGGGUUUUUUCCGAAGAACGAUACAAAAGAAUUUACGGUACCAUUGCAAAUGGAACAAGAACUGCGUCAUUGACAAGACAACACGGAACCAGUGUCAGGAAUGUCGCUUCCACAAGUGUAUAGCCGUUGGCAUGGCAACAGACUUGGUACUGAAUGAAAAGCAGCGCGUUGCCAAACGGAAACUGAUAGAAGAAAACCGAGCCAGGCGCAGAAGCGAGCACGUCGAAAUUCCGGAGGAGUCUCCGGAAAAAACCGACAACAAUGUUCCCGUACCGGAAGGGAUGACUGACAACGACCGGCAGUUGAUCAGCAAUAUAAUCACCGCCUAUGAAUACACAAGUGCAAAGAUCACAAACAACUAUUCCAUUCCUGUCUGUGACACAAGUGAUGAAAAGCUGAGACAAGCCGAUCCCGAGCUCUGGCAUCAGUUAGCGGAAGUCAUGACGCCCUCUAUCGUCAAAGUCGUGGAGUUUGCCAAAGGUGUUCCGGGAUUUACUGAGCUGAACGUCGACGACCAGAUCCUGUUAUUGAAAUCGUGUUGUAUGGAGAUUAUGUGCCUUCGCGCCGCCUGUCGUUACGACCCCUUUAACCAGAUGCUGACACUACAUAACGGGAUGACCCUCCACAGGUCACAGCUCUCUCGGGGCAGUCUUGGGGUGCUGGUGGAGCCCAUCUUCGAGUUCGCCGUGGGGCUGUCAAAACUACAGCUGGACAGCACGGAACUGGCUUUACUUGCAGCCGUCCUUCUGAUGCAGUCUGAUCGAUCAGGUUUGCAGGAACCAGGAGCCGUGGAGAAAAUCCAGGACGCCAUAUUGGGUGCAUACAAAAGAUACAUCGCGGAGAAGCGCCCAUUACAGCCUGUUCAUUGGGCGAAAAUCCUCAUGAAAGUGACGGACCUGCGCACUAUCAGCACGCGCUAUGCUGAGAGAGUUCUCUGUAUCCGGUUAGACUCUUCAGGGGAAAUUCCGCCUCUUUUCCUCGAAAUGUUCAACGAAAACUCAGACCAGAGUGAAAUAGGGCAAGCGGAAGAUAUGGCUAUUGAAUGA